GCUCACUCGUCUCAAUCGGCAUUCAAGCAAACACACAUAUUGCAACGAUACCGGUGCUCAGCAGGACCACAUCUCAUACCCAAGCAGUGCCUCUAGAAACAAGACAGAGAAAGCCCAGUGUCGGCUCCAGCCUUGUGCUAUCUAUUCCCCUCUUCCUUCGUGUCGCCUCUUCCCUGGCCGCGUCAGUUUGACGACACUCGUCUUCCUCUUUCAGUGACGUCCACCUUUUGAUAUCUUGCUUGACCCUUUGUUUGCAGCUCGACUCAGUCACCUGUUUUGUCACAUUCACAACUGCUGUUCUUUCGCGUCUCUACCGGCUUCACUACUCAAGGCAACAGACCCAAGUACAGUCAUGGCUACCCAAGCUCACUGCGCCUUUUGCUUCGAAUCGCUUGUCGCCAGUUUCGAGGGUAGAAAGCCACUCCCUUUGCCGCAGCUCGAAGAACUCUGGACUGAGCAUGUUGGGAUUCAAGAGGAUGACCCAGAGGACGCCGACGGAGAGUCCACAUCGCGUGCGCCUGCCAUUUCCCGUCUCCUCAGCUCCGUCACACCCACCUCGAACUCGUCGUCUUCGAGCCUGACGUCAAAGUCCACGUCGAAGUCGACCUCCACACAAGCCUCGACAUCCUCAAGCCGCACAUCCCUCUCCUCUCACUCCGCUGUCGACCCCAACGAUCCAUACCCACUCUUCGUAACCUGGAACACCAUCUCGUCUCGCAACGGUAGCAAAGCUCUUCGCGGCUGCAUCGGCACCUUCAAGCCUCUACCUCUCGAGAAAGGUCUACACGAAUAUGCUUUGACGGCCGCCUUCGAAGACCAUCGUUUCCCACCCAUAGCUCCCUCACAACUAUCGCAACUGCAAUGCUGUGUGACACUGCUCACCAACUUCAGCUCUCCUACUCGCGACAUCAUGGCCUGGGAGAUUGGUAAGCACGGUAUCCGUAUCAGCUUCACCCAUCAUGGUCAAAAGCUCGGUGCCACAUAUCUGCCUGAUGUUGCCAAAGAGCAGGGCUGGACAAAGGAAGAGGCUCUUGUGAGUUUGCUGCGCAAGGCCGGCUGGUCAGGUAGAAAGGACGAAUGGAGAAAACUGUCAAAUCUGGAGCUGGUCACAUACGAGGGUAAGAAGGUAGACUUGAGCUAUGCCGAGUUCAAGGAAUGGAGAGAUGCAGUCAAGAGCAAGGAUGUCAAGACUUGAUCAUUUCCCUUUUCUACUUUUCACGACUUUAUGGUAUGGAUUAAGGGUGUUGCACAAUUUCCACGGAGUUCGUCAAUAUGGUAUAUAGACCUUAUGCAACGAACCACGAAUACAACGAUCAUCAACUCACCGAGUCCUGCAAGUCGUUCGCUCUCGGCCGAAGCAUGAUUCUUGUGAC